UGGAUAAGUUCAUUCAUCCAUUCAUUUGUUCACUGUUAUAUAUUAUCAUUCAUUCAUAUAUUCAUUCAUCCAUUCAUUUGUUCACUGUUAUAUAUUAUCAUUCAUUCAUAUAUUCAUUCAUCCAUUCAUUUGUUCACUGUUAUAUAUUAUCAUUCAUUCAUAUAUUCAUUCAUCCAUUCAUUUGUUCACUGUUAUAUAUUAUCAUUCAUUCAUAUAUUCAUUCAUCCAUUCAUUUGUUCACUGUUAUAUAUUAUCAUUCAUUCAUAUAGUUAUUUCAGAUCCACUGCUUCUUUCCCCGCUGCACUGCGCCACCAUUCGUGCACCCGCCGCCAAACACGUCGGGGGUGA